UUUCUCCUGCCGAUUCGCCCGCCGCCUGGCCCGACCAUCGCCGAUCUCAAUCCCGCGGGCACCAUCGCCGGCGGCCUGCUGCUUCCGCCGUGUCCUCACCGGUCCGCCGCUGGGCGAGUGAGCAGGAUCCUGAAUCCGAGAACGGGGAGCUGAUUGGGGAUUAUGGCUCAGAUACCCAAUCUCGACAACGCCCCUCUCAAUCUAGCCGCCCUCAGGGAGCAGUCGCAGAAGGACCUGCUAAACAUCCUCAAGAGUAUUAGGGGGAAGAAGUGUGUGGUUAUCGAUCCCAAGCUCGCGGGUACCCUGUCUCUGAUCCUGCAGACCUCGCUGCUAAAGGAAUAUGGUGCGGAAUUGCGACUUCUCUCUGCGGAACCCCUCCAAACAGAGUGCCCUAAAAUCCUGUACCUCGUACGCUCUCAAUUGAGUUUCAUGAAGUUAAUUGCAAAUCAAAUUAAGAACGAUGAACCUAAAGGACACCAGAGGGAAUUCUUUCUCUACUUGGUGCCACGACGUACAGUUGCCUGUGAGAAGAUUCUUGAGGAGGAGAAAGUUCAUCAGAGGUUGACAGUCGGAGAGUACCCCUUAUAUCUUGUUCCAUUGGAUGAGGAUGUGAUUUCUUUUGAACUUGACCAUUCGCUGCAGGAAUGCCUUAUUGAAGGUGAUACCAGUUCUGUUUGGCAUGUUGCGAAAGCUAUCCACAAGUUAGAGUUUGCCUUUGGAGUGAUCCCCAAUGUUCGGGCCAAGGGUGUUGCAUCAACCAAAGCUGCAGAGUUGCUGAAUAGUAUGCAACAGGAAGAUCCUGUCAACAUGGAUGAUAUGGGGACUCCAGAGAUAAACACUGUUAUUUUGUUAGAUAGAGAGGUGGAUUUAGUGACACCAAUGUGCUCUCAGUUAACAUAUGAAGGUUUAUUGGAUGAGAUGUUGCAAAUAAACAAUGGAUCUGUGGAGGUUGAUGCCAGUAUUAUGGGAGCCCAACAAGAUGGAAAAAAGGUUAAAGUUCCACUGAAUUCAAGUGAUAAAUUGUACAAGGAGAUUCGAGAUCUCAAUUUUGAAGUUGUUGUUCAGGUCUUGCGUCAAAAGGCAACAUCUAUUCAGCAAGAUUAUGCAGAAGUAAAAUCCACCAAUACUCAAUCGGUUUCGGAGCUGAAAGACUUUGUGAAGAGGUUGCACUCACUGCCAGAGAUAGCUAGGCAUGUCCAUUUGGCACAACACUUGCAAUCAUUUACAGGAAAACCUUCAUUUCAUGCCCGAUUAGACAUUGAACAAACAAUACUGGAGGUGCAAAACUUUGAAAUAUGUUUUGAAUACAUUGAAGAGAUGAUACAUAAGCAGGAAUCUAUUGAAAAUGUGCUUCGGCUUCUAGUAUUACUUUCACUUACAAAUGCUGGGCUGCCAAAGAAGAAUUUUGAUUACUUGAGGCGGGAAAUUCUGCAUAGUUAUGGCUUUGAGCACAUGCCAUUGUUAUACAAUCUGGAAAAAGCUGGCAUAUUUAAGCGGCAGGAAUCAAGAAGCAAUUGGAUUGGUAUUACAAGAGCUCUGCAGCUUAUAGUUGACGUAAAUGAUACUGCAAACCCUAGUGAUAUAUCAUACAUAUUUUCUGGAUAUGCUCCCCUCAGUAUUCGCCUUGUUCAACAUGCUGUGAGAUCUGGAUGGCGAUCUAUUGAAGAGCUGUUGAAACUAUUGCCAGGUCCUCAUCUGGAAUUGAAAAGAGGUAGUUCGGCCAUGAAUUCUUUGGAAGUGCAGCAGGGUUUGGGGCUUCAACAGAGUAUUGACAGGGUUGGACAUCGCUCCUUGGUUUUGGUUGUCUUUAUUGGUGGGGUAACAUUUGCAGAGAUUGCUGCGCUUCGAUUCCUUAGCGCCCAGGAGGGAAUGGGCUACGACUUCCUUGUUGCAACCACAAAGGUUGUCAAUGGAAACACAAUCCUCAGACCAAUUAUAGCCAACAGCAAAGAGUUGAUGAUAUAAUAUUUUGCUGCACGUCGUUUUGUUUUCUGAUAGUGUAUAGUACACAAUACCCGAGCUCAACUAGGUUAUCGUUGUUGGAAGGCUCCCAUCCGUUGUAUUUCUCAGACUAACCAUGUAUUUAUUUUCUCAAAUGGUGUUUAUUAACAUCUGUACACAUUGUUGAGUUUGAUAGGUUGAAAACCCACAUUGCAUGUUCUCAUUUUUCCUUUUCUAACAUGAUGGGUCCACACAACUAUUU